AUGGCACAGUCGAAAGUACUUCUGAUUUUCGCAAGACAGCCGGUGUCGCCGGAAAUGGUCAACUACUUGGUGGCCACCACUAAUUCUAUCAUCCAAGUAAAACCACAACCUCGAAAAUUUUCCACCAUUUCUACCGACGAUUUGUUGGUGGCUCCAGCGGUGAAAACGGUGUCUCUCGGCCACUUUAUUCGUCGCCUCAUCAGGUACUCCAACGUUCAGACCCCCACACUUAUGGCGACAUGUGUUUAUUUGACAAAAGUUAGAAAUUUACUUCCUGCCAAUGCCGUAGGAAUGGAAACCACUCGGCACCGGAUUUUUUUGGCAGCGUUGAUUUUGAGUGCCAAAUCACUUAAUGACUCGUCACCGUUGAACAAACACUGGACAAAAUACACUGACGGACUUUUAACUAAUGACGAGGUCAAUAUGGCCGAAAGAGAAUUAUUGGGGUUGUUAAAAUGGGACAUUAAUAUCAAACAACACGAAUUGGACGUUGCACUUGAGCCGUUCUUACACACUAUCAAAACCUCGUUGGCGGCUCACCUGGACCAGGUUUCAGCACAAAAAGUCAACUACUAUCGUUUGUCCAACACAUACCGCACAUCAUCUCCCAUUUCAUCAAGAUCAUCUUCCACAUCUUCCAUUGCUUCUCAUUCCUCCAGCUUGUCAUUAAACGAGGGUCCAGCAUCAAACUAUAGUUUGCAAAGCCUCGUGCAAGAAGAAGCCGAAAUCAAGGGCCACAUUUACCGGCCACCUUUGGCAAACAAGUCCACCAAUACCCUCAAUGUUCCACCAAGAAAAGAUGUGUAUGGAAUGGCAAUGGUAUAA